UUUUUAAUUUUGAACAUAAAAUCCGUCAAAUUGUUGUUACGAGUUCUUUUGAAUGUCACGUAUACCAGUUUUCUAGUCACUCGACCUGAUCAUGACUAACCGGGUCUGGUUCUUGCAGCGGUCAUUUAAAAGAAGAUUUGAUUUUAUUAAAAUCAUUUGACAAAGUGUAGAAACAUAGAUCGCACAUCUUUUGAUUCGGUGUUUCUUUAAUCAGUGAAAUUUAUAUUUUGUGUGUUUGCUUCUUUAUUUAAUCUACAUUUUUUUAAAAAAUUUUUAUAACCUCAAUACCAAUUGGAUAAAAAUUACAGACAAAAAAAAAAACAAUAGUUUCACAGUUUCUUGCAAACCAAAUAAACAUAAUACCCGUGUAAUGUCUUAAAGUUUUCAUAGCAAAAUGACGAGAUAUUAUAAAUUUGAAAAGUUAUUGUGCAUAAUGAUUGUGCUACAAAUUUUGAACCAAGUUCAAACACAACAUCCAAACGACUUGUUGAAUUUUAAGCAGCUUUACCGGUAUACCGAUGAGCCUGAGAUAAAGGUGCUUGAGCCAGGCGAUAGUGAAUACAGUUUGAUGGAAUUAGAUAUACCUAUCAGUUUUUAUAGUAAAAGAUAUCAUCAAAUUUAUAUCAACACAAAUGGAAUUCUAACGUUUGAUAAAGAAUUCCCAGAAUUCAUUAAUCUGGAAUAUCCAGGGAGAAAUCCAUCAAUUGCACCAUUUUUUGCAAACGUAGAUACAUCGGUUCCAAGUAACUCAACCAUUAUCAGUCUCUUCAAAUCACAGAAUCAUGAGAAACUACAAAAGGCUAAUAGUCUAGUUCGCAGAAAAUAUUCCAACAACUUUGAAGCCACAAUUUUAUACGUGGCUACUUGGGAGAAUGUUGGAUAUUAUAAUGCUAAAACAGAUAGGUUGAAUACUUUCCAGGUUGUGAUAAUUUGCAACUCAGAUGAAUCCUAUGUUCAGUUUAUUUACCCGGAAGAUGGUAUCAAUUGGUUGCAGGGUGAAUCGGGACAAAGUGGCCCUCUAGAUUUUCCAGCUCAAGCGGGUUUUGUUUCGGCUGAUGGAAGACACUUCAUGAUAAAUGGAUCUGGAACUGAUAAUGCUAGGAAUUUUAGUAAGACGUCGAAUGUUGGAAUCAAUGGAGUUUUCUUAUAUCGUGUUGGUCUGCUAGAUUUUGAUUCAAAUAUAUCCGAUGAAGAUACUCAUAAAAUUAUCAAAAUGUCUUGUGCCAAAGCUGGUCGUGGAACAUGUCAUUCCUCAGCUUCUUGUAUCGAUAAAUUUAAAGGAUUUUAUUGCCAGUGUUUUCCAGGAUUCUACGGAAAUGGACAUUCAUGCAUCAGAAAUACAAAGAACAUCAGCAUAUCUGGAUUGCUAAGUGGAAAAAUUAACAAUGGUACCAUUGACAAAUCUGAGCGUUUUUUAUCAAUCAUAAAUAUAGAAACAGGCAAUAGUACAACUGUCAUCAAUUCAAUCAAUUACGUAUUGGGGGAUCAGUUAAAGUUGGCUUUGCCAGUUUUUAGUUCUAUUGGCUGGCUGUUUGCAAAACCACUAUCACCGAAAUUUAUGAAUGGCUACCAGUGGACCGGUGGUAAGUUCGUUCACAGUUCUGAAUUGAUUUUCGAGUCUGGUGAGAUCCUGCACAUCAAUCAAACAUUUGAAGUUAAUGAUCGUACGCAGACAGUUAAAAUCGAUAUAAAUGGAUUUGUACCGAAGAUCGAGUAUGACGAAGAAAUUGAAAUUCCGGGUUAUACCAAAGAAUUAAAAUUUUCAUCCCGCAAUACAAUUUCAUCAACAGUAGAACAUUAUGUUGAGAUUCCUUCGAAGAACAAAACUAUUAAAUUUCAGUUAAGUCAAAACAUAUCCUUUGAAUCAUGCUACACAUGUUACAAAUACGAUAUUCAUCCCGAUGAAAGAACUUCUCUCGAAAAAGUUUCUAGAACUUCUUUGAACUACAAUCGAGAUGAUUAUUCUCUACGUAGUACUAAGAUGAUUACAAAAAUUGGUGAUGACGAUAUAUUGAACCCUUGUUUUAGUGGCUUAGCAAACUGCUGGAAAUUUAGUAGCUGUGUUCCAGAUGAAGAAUCAUAUAAAUGCGUUUGUGCGAUUGGAUUGAAGGAGAAUGUGACGGAAGAUGGUGUCGAGUGCGUCGACAUUGACGAAUGCCAAAACGAAUUAAAACCGUGUAGUGACGAUGGUUACUGUGUUAAUGUUUUUGGUGGAUAUGAAUGUUUUUGUAAUAACCAAGAUGAGUACGAUUGCGUCCGUAAAUUUGAGGAUGAUGAUUUUAGUUCUGCCACUGAACAAAGAGAAGAUUGUUAUGACGUAAGUGCCUAUAUAUUUAUAUUUUUUAAUUAACACUUAUAAAUUUUUGACUCAUCAACAAUAAAGGAUUAUUAAUAAUAUUAUUAUUGUUAGCAAUAUCAACAAAAAUUAAACUAUUCAAAAAUACAUUUUACAGAAUCCAAAUUUAUGUGGCGAUCAUGCUUCAUGUAUACGAUCUAAAACUAAUCGAGCGUCAUUUGAGUGCAUAUGCAAUCCUGGUUUCUACAGUAGCGAUAACAAUAGAAAUGUUUGUGAGAAAGAGAACUGUCAAAAAAACCCAUCUUUGUGUCAUCUAAAUGCUAACUGUCACUCGAUUAAUGGUACAAAUACCUGCGUUUGCAAGACUGGAUAUCACGGCAACGGAACUACAUGCAUAAAAACUGAAUUUCUUCUUUCAGUUGAAUUUAAUGGAAUACAGCGAAUAUUUUUUGAUGGAAAACUUAAAACUGUUGUUGAAUUAAUCAAUUAUGGCCUGCAAUUUGACAUAGAUUGCAUUGAAGGGCGAGUCUACUAUUAUAAGUUUCGUAAAAUCUUAAGCGCUUUUUAUGAUGGUACAGAUAGUCGUUCAUUUAUAACUGAAGAUAUCAGUGACUUACAAGGACUUGCAAUUGAUUCAAUAUCUAGACUUGUUUAUUGGCAUUCUUAUAAAAAGAGCGCAAUAGAAGUCGCCAGUUUAAACAAUCCAAUGAUGAGAACUGUAUUGGUGGCCGACGAAAGUUUGCGUUUUCUUAGAAACAUUGCUGUUGACCCAAUCAGAGGGUAAGUACACAUUUCUUGAUUCUUCAACUCACAUAUCUACUUACUUCCGUUAUUAAUUUAUUCACUGUGACCUUUAAAAAAUAGAUUUUUUGAUGGGUUAAAAUUAUUGAGAUGGCAGUUGUUUUAUUAAAACAACAUUAAUUUAGAAAUUUCUUUUCAAUUAUUGGUAGAAAUAAUAAAUUGGUACCUGCACAGGGUGAUUAAGGAUUUAUUUUCCGUAUUUACGUAAUAAGAUUAGUUAAUAAGACCAACAAAAUUUAAGCUACUUCGGUAUUCUUGUAGGGGCUUAAACGUUCUACAAAAAAUUCAUUGGCAUCAAAUUGAUUGCUUUAACCGUUUAGAAGAUAUUCGUAUCCAAAUCGCAACGCAUGGUCAUAAGAAAACUAUUGAAAUCAGUGGGCAUUGGUUUGGAUACGAAUAUCUUCUAAACGGUUAAAGCAAUCAAUGUGAUGCUUUAACCGUUUGAGCUUUUGCAAGAAUACAUCUUGUUAA